AUGCCACGCAAACGGGCCAAGCUUUCUGCGCGGCAAGCCCAGCGCGAUGCUCUAGGGCAUGAUUUAGCCCCAGAACCAAAGAACCAUCGUGGCGUAUGGGGAGACACGCCACGCCGCGCCAUGGAAUUGUUCCGAGGUCCUCCGCCCAAGAGGCGGACCGAGGAAGAGACGAGCAAGGCACGCGCCUCCUCUACGCCGCAGCUGCAGAUCAAGCCAGGCGAGCGUAUCAAAGACUUUAACCAGCGCGUGGAGCAAGCUUUUGCCAGUGAUAUCAAUGCAACGAUGCGCUCUGAACUUCGAUCAGAGUCCAAUCAAAAGAAACGGCAGCGUCGUCGUGAGCUGCUGAAAGCGAAGAAACGCGCGUCAGAUCCGUUUGCCGCCCAGGCCGCCGAGGCAGCGUCGGAUUUCCGGCAGGCGACACAAAGCAAGUCGCUGCAUGACGUUGCGCAAGCGCCGCCUACUAUCACGGCCAUUCCGAAAGAGCGCUUGAAACGCAAAGCGUCUUCGACGACCCCGACGCCCCUCGCUGCGCUGGACGCACAGGCGGCGGCGCGGCCCAAACCGUCGGCGGCACGGCAACGCAUUCUUGAUGAGGAGCGCCAGCGUGUGAUCCAACAGUAUCGAGCCAUGAAACACCGUACUUCCUAG